CGUUAUUCAUAAGGCUUGUCUCCACUCUGUUUGACAGGUCGGUAUAAAAACCGCCUCAUUAAAUAUUAAAAAUAUCGAAGUUUUUUUGCGCCUUCUGGCGAAAAAUCUUUCCGCGAUCUCCUCUCAAGCUGUAAACCGACUUCUCUCGAGUUGUGAGCACAGGAUAAAUGCAAAUUUUUAUGAGGUCAAGAUAGCUACGAACAAUCUGAAAAUAGAAGAAUACAAGUCGGCAAAUUGAACAAGAAUACAGUCAGCCUUUGAAGGAAACAACUCCAGCCAACGGAGAAUCAAAAGAGACUUUCCUAAGCGGUUAACAUUGAUUUAUCAUUCAGGAAUCGCCGACCAAGAACGCGCAAACUAUCAAGAGGAAACAAAAGUAAAGAACAUGAAUUUAUUUGAUUUAGGAAACAACGGAUUGAAUACUUUGUAGUGAGCUUGUAACAAAGGUUCUGGCUCGAUUGAUCAACAAAUCUGGUGAUCCGAUGCUUUCAUCAGUUUGAUCUGGUCAGCCUUCUCGCUAACUGAAGUAAAUCCUAUUACAAACCUUGUGACGAAUUUUGACAGUCUGAACGACGGCCAUAUUGAUUUAUCUGGGACGAAAGAUCAUCGACUGCACAAGGACUGUCCUUCGAAAUCUUGAAUCAACAAAAGUUAACGGCCUUUAACUCUGUAAAAAAGCUCAUAUAAAUAUCCCUGCUUCAGAAGGAAGAAGUGCAGUUGGAAUUACUAGUCUGAAUUUCAUCUGGAGACUGUGUAAAUAGUCACCAACAUGUGUUGUAGUUGUCUUUGUAGUUGCAUUCAAAGUUUUCUGUCAAAUUGUUGCAAAUGCCUUGGCAAGAGUUGUAUGGCGAUAUGCCGGGGGAUUUGCCGGUGUUUCUGCAACGCCGUUUCCCCUGGUUGUGGUUUCCUUCUGCAAAUCAUCUUUUACGCCAUAUUUCAAGGCUUCAACAUUGGCACUGACGUCGGCGUCUUUUUAGAAACGUCCAAGACAUACGCGCGUUGCGAUGAGCUUUCAACCGGGAUGCUUCAACCUCUGAGCAACGACACAAACCUGACGCGUCCUUACUGCGUCGCGACGGAAAACGCUACGCAAGCGUUGCUAGGUGAAAAAGCAGCAACGCUUCAACUCCUAGAGGGCGUUUUCUUUUUCUUCAUAUGCCUCUCUGGUGGGAUUUACGUGAUCCACAUAGUUGUACUGUUCCCGAACACGUGCAAACACUGGAAUGAUGAAAACUUCGAGAACAUGGUCAGCGAGGCUGGUCCUUACUACCAGAAGAUCCUUCAAAUUCACACCCUGUUUCUACUGCUGGAGACGUUGGUUCACGAUGUGCCUAUGUCGUGUCUGGCUGUAGAGCUUUGUGCGCAGAUGUGGGGAGCCGGUGGCAUAAACUGCUGGGAUUGUGCCCUAACACCUCAAGAGCUCCCUAAAAAUCCCAUGGCGCAGAUCAAUUGUGAGAUGUGGCUGGGACUUCUCCUGGGCUCCAUAGCUAUUGUGAGCAUUUACAAGGGUAUCUUGCCUCUUUAUUCAUGGAUUGGUAAUCCCUUCUGCUGGGCCUGCUAUCCACUUCGCGUGUGCGUGGUGCUCCCAGCUGGGUUCCUUUACUGUGUGCUCGCCUUAUCCCCCGCCAUGGGAGUGGCCAUAAAUCGCCUGUUUAAAGUGGCGCCCCAGAUGAAGGACGAAAUGGGAACAAUAGCAUCGACCAUUUGGACCUUUGGCUUGUUCUUCUGGGGUAUCAUAUUUUUGCUGACCUUCCUGUACUGGUACUUCUGUGGUAAAUGUUUAUGUAUGUUGUGUUGUCCCUGUGAGAGGAAGGAAAAAGCCGAUGGCUCCAAGGAGGGAUGUUUGUGUUGUUAAUGAGAUCAAGACGGUGAAAUAUGAAUUGUCAUUUGGUUUCUUGAUUGCGAAAAUAGUUUGUUUACGUUUGAUUACUACUUUUAAUUUUUGUUACUUCGCAUAAUUUUGGAGAGCAUGCUAAUUCGGGAAAAAUGGUGGUUCCAUUCAGUCAGUCGUUUCAAAUAAUUACUGUCUCAUUUAACUAAGAUUCGGUUUGUUUUUGAGGCCAAGGCUUGAGUAAUCCAUAUUACAACUAUAAUGAUAUCAUGAUCCAAGUCCACACUCGGAGAAAUAAGUGACCUUGGCUCACCAAAACAGGAAGUUAAAGAAAAACAAGACUCCCUGUAGAAAUAAGAGCGCAUGACGUUUCCGCCUAUGUAAAACACUUUCGGUUGAUUGUCGUGAGAAAAUCGAAGAAAGCGUAACAGCCAAUCAGAAUGAAGAUGAAUAUCGCUGGGAUCGAGACAACGUUCAGUAUGGCGCUGUUGAAAUCAUAAGCUCUAUAAAUUGUCCUUAUAUUUCUUUUAUAUAUCUCUUAUAUUUAAGUAACAUUCCUCUGCCUCUUAUCGAGACAAAUUAAUGUUGCUGUCUAAAGAUUUCAAAAUAGUGAAACUCUCACCCAAGAUUUUAGGUGCUCUGAUAUUUAUGCUGCUUGUAAAUAUCAUUAUUAGUCUAUCAUUUUAUUAUUAUUAUUAUUAUUAUUAUUAUUAUUAUAUUUAUUAUUAUUUUAAUCAAGAUCAAGUAUGAAAUUAAAUGGAGAUAGAAGGUGAAGUAAAUGUCAUAAAAGGUAACAGCCUUUUUGCGUUACCGAAGCAAAGAAAGAGUUGGUAUGAAACUCUCUAAGGUUUUUUUUCUUUUCUCAGCUGUCAACUUCACAUUCCACUAUUUUAUUUGUACAAAGUUUCAUUUUUUUUAGUAAAGAUAUCAUAUUUAUUUUUUGGUAGGCUAAAACAGAAAAAAAAUAGUUAAAGUGACCAAACCAAAACGCUGAGUCUGCAUCUAUAAUACAACCUCCUCAGGAGGAAUAACCGGGACAUCAGGAAAAAGGUUGUUAAUGAUUAUGUGUCAAUUGGAUGUAACUUGGGUAAUAAUUUAAAGACUUAAAUCAACCAGUUUCGUUGUGAUUUAUUCGUUAGGAAAGUAAAUUCCGGUUUCAUUUCAUUCAGUUUGCGCAAAGUUAGCAUGUAUAAAAUAACUUAUGAAAAUUUAGUUAAUUUUGUGAAUGUAUCUGGUUUAAUUUGCCAUGGAAGUGAUAAGAAAAAACAUAUUAUUUUGUAGAACAUAUUAGUUAGAAAUAUACUUUUUUUAUCAUUAUCUGUAAUGUCAAUAUAAGGAAAAAAUCAAUCAUGUAUUUGAAAGUCCUUUUCAACCUGACCUAUUAUUUUUGAAAAAGAGAGUAAGACAUAUUGAAUCAAAGAUUAUUUGCAGUAAUCUCUCUCAGAGCAAUUUUCAAUUGAAUGUCGAACGUAGUAAAGGAUUGCUUUGGUUUUCUUAAACUUGCUCUGUGACUGUUCCAGAAAAUUCGCCAAAUCCUCUCAACCAAUCAGGUGCAGAAUUGAAAACGAUCGCGAGUUGGUCAUUCGCGUUUUCCUGAGCGUUUUCCCGCGCUUCCAGCAGCUUGCUUGUUAUCACUUUGAGUUCUCAUUGACUUAUGAUAAUGUGAACCCUUGUUCUAAUUGGUCAUUGGAUUACGUUUUUCGACGCUCAAUUCAAAACUGUUCUAUCAUAUUAAUACAACUUGUAUUGAUCUGGCGUGGGGUUAUUAUUGUUUAAGGAAUAUUCCUUUAGGUCGAGCCAACUGAUCUCAAAUGAAAAAGGCCUUUUACUGGGUAGCCAGAGAAAUGCAGUUGUUAAAUGAUUUCAAAUGAACUAUUUUCAUAAUGCAGUAGUGAUCAGGAGAAAUUAAAACAUGAAUGCCUAGUACUAUGUAUACUAUCACUUGGACAAUGGAGCCUGGAAACACAAGCUAACCGUGGGUAAACCCAAGUGUUUACUAACUGCAAGCCAAUUUCAGUCGGUAGGACUAACAGGACGUGAACUGAAGAGUUCCUUGCAGAAGUUACAAAUUGUCUCCUGGUAUAAAUUUCAAUUUUGGAGUAACAGCGUAACAGAAGUUAGAGUGGCUGUAACUGGCUCUAAAAGUUGAUUAAUUAUUUGAGUAUGAAAAGAGUCACAUGUAUCUAAGAACAUACAUCUAUUUACAUUUUCCUUUGUGAUUGUUUUCACGCACAAUAUCAUGAUAAAAGUUGCUCAUUAGUGAUUUUUUGCUGUGUUAGAUCUAACACAACGCUGCGACAUAUCUUACCCUUUGCAAGAAGUCACUUUGGUAAAGUUUUGCUUGUGGGGCAAAUUUUGAUGAUCUGUCGAACGCUCUUGAGACAUGACUGUGAUGAGUGCAAGCGAUAUAUAGCAGCAAGAAACCACAGGAGAGUACCGAUUUGUCGUCGAAUGACCCCUUCAAUAUCUAGCAAUUUUAAAAGCGCGAUGCUUCGGCAACAAAUCUGCGAAAAACACAAGACGUACUAACUGACGAUCAUAGUUUGCUAUUUAUUUAGCUAUAGUUUUACUCAGCAUUGUGCUUGCACUCAGAUCGAAAGCGGCCCACUGGACUGUUGUUGUUUCUUUAGAUUUCAUUUCUUGACCUACUAUGAAGACAAUAACCUGACUGUUUGCUUAAUUAAGUAUAAAAUCGUAAGAAAACAAUAAAUUAUUAUUUUCAAAGCUGUA